AGACUAGGUAGCAGUGCACGAUGGAUUCCUCUGAAGCAGGAGCUUCAACCCACAGUGAAAAGAAAAGAAGACGCUGCACCAAGCACUUCAAAUACAUUAGGGCAAAGAGAAGAGGGACCAAAGCCGAAGAAGGUAUCUUUAAAGAGGAACUCUGGUGAGCCAACAAAUGCCAAAACAAAGAAGCCAAAAAAAGCCAGAGCCUUCAGGUCUGCCCAGCCUGGCUACACUGUCCAUCAAGGGGAGGAUAUGCUUCUUGUCAUAUCAAGUACCACUUCUCAGUAUGAUGGUUCAGCCUGGAAGCCCCCAAAGAAGGGAACCAAGAAAAAAAAGCUUGCAAAAGGAAAGUUAAAAGCCAACCAGGUUAAGAAAAAAAAGGCAGUCCGUGCCAAACCGAAACCAGCAAGUAAUCUAGUUACCAAGACAGAGGAGGAUGCUGCUCCGUUUGUGCCACAGACGGCAGUGGACCAUAGAUGGGGUCAGAGUCUUCCUGAGGAGGUGCUAAUCAAUAUUUUUCAGAUGGUUGUCGUCCAAGAUGGUGCUGUACCUUUUUUAUGCAGGGUGGGGAGAGUUUGUCGUCUGUGGAACGCUGCUGCCUCCAGUCCAGUCCUGUGGCGUAAGGUGACCAUAGGUUUCUGCUGGAUUUCACCAGGAAAAAAACAGCUACCUAAAACUGAGAAGAAGAUUAAGGACACUGUUGACUGGCUGGCACAAAACAGAUUUUCUCAGCUACGAGAUUUCUCUCUCUGUCACUGGACAAAGAAUGUAGACUAUGCAGUAGAGGUGGUUUCGCGGUUCUGCCCUCACCUACGCUCCCUCACACUGUCUUACUGCAUAGGCCUGACAGUGAGGGCCUUCCAUUGCCUUGGUCUGCACAGCCGGUCUCUGCAGAGCAUUAAUCUCCAGUAUUCUGAGUUUCAGGUUGAUGGACUCCUGGAGUACCUUGAAAACCACGGGAGCCAGAUCAAGCAAAUUUGGUUCACUCAUGGACUAAAGAAUGACAGACUUCUGACUGCCAUAACCAGGGGGUACUGUCCUGAUUUGGAGUUGCUGGAGGUCAACACCAGGCUUGACAGUAAAGACUGUGAACUAUCUGUUUGCAUUCAGGCACUGCAGAUGGCAUGCCCUAAACUCAAGACCUUCCGGAUGCUGAAUGUCCGACCUCUGCAUAAGACAAUGCGUAAUGGUGCUGAGUCAACGUCGGGCUUUCCGUUAUUGGAGGAGCUAUGUAUUGCAACCACAUCUUAUUCCUACAUGACCGAUAAAGAUUUGUUGGACAUUCUCUUCGGCUCCACAAAGCUGCGGGUACUGGACUUGCGAGGCUGUUCACGUAUAACACCAUCUGGUCUAGCAACAUUACCAUGUCUUGAGCUCGAGUGUCUCUUCUGGGGACAGUAUUUCAGCAGCCAUAUCGGGUUGUCAUCACCUAAGAAAGGACUUCACAUGGUGACCCAAAAGUGGAGUCAUACUUUGCAGCAGCUUGACAUUGCAAAUCAGCUUUUUACUGAGGAGGACUUGGAGAUAGCAAUGAGUUACCUUGCUCAAGCAUCAGAAGCAGACACCCUGCGAUCACUCAACCUGAGUGGGACGAGGAUCACACCACCUGCCCUCAGGUCAGUCAUCGGCCAGAUGACUGCUCUUAACUACCUCAACCUUUCCUCUUGCCGUUAUCUUCCAAGAGGAGUUAAGAGGAUAUACCGUGGCCAAGAAGACAUUCGCCAGCUGCUCGACAAAUUGGAAUAAUUCUGAUAUUCCUUUGAUUCCAGAAAUCAAAAACUGACUUUACAAGGCACAACACUUCAAUGUGUUCAGGUGUUUUUGUAAAUGUUGCUUUAUAUGUAUAUUGUUCACUCAAAACAGAUUCAGAAUCACUCUGUACUGCUAGACAGGAGAAACCAAGGGUUUGGAAUCCAGUGAGAAACUGUGUUGCUGCUGUAUUAAUGUCAGUAAAGAGUCAGUAAGAACACUGUCUACAUGUAGAUGAAGGAGUGAAAUUGGAAUUGAAUACAUUUACUGUACAGUAUCUGAAUAACCUCAAUUAUAAACCUACAGGGACAUUCAGUUGUGUAUACCAGGAUUUCUUGGAUUAAUUUUUGACUCUUUUUAUAGAUUUUUUUUUUUUUACACCAAGUUACAAUAAUUCCAGUCAAACUUUGUCAAGAAAUAUUUGAAAUAAAAAGUUCAACAUGUCUCUAUAUAGUUGCUAAUAUACUUUCUUUCCACUAGAGAGUGUUGUACUCUCAUCUAAAUUUAUAUAAAGACUAAGUGAGGUCUGUCCUGCAGUGUUGUAUAUUCAAGUGUUUAUAAGUGAAAGACACAUUUCACACUUUUUUUUAUUAUCAAAAACUAUAUGUGUUUAUAUUUGAUUUUCUUUAUUGUUGAAAUUAUUACAAGUGCUUUAGAGGCUCUCUUCAAAACCACAAAAUCCUUGUCCUGAUGUGUACAUCAGAAUGCGCAUGCUAUAACAAGAUGUUUUUAGAACAAACAAAAAAGUUGCAAAAGAUAUAGUAGUCAUAUCUCAUUUAUUGGACCACACAAUAAAACAGUUUGAGCAAGAAAGGUUUUACAAUAAUACAAAAAAGCAAUAAAUGUUUGGCUGUUGGCUUUCAGGUCAAGUCAAAGCAGACCCAGCAAAACUAUACUCACUGUAUUCAUUUAACUGACAUAGUAAAAACAUUUUCAGUGAGACAAGUUUUUGCCCAAAUGCUGUAAAACAUAACUGUAAGUUCAGCUUCUGUACGUUAAAGUAUCCAAACACUCAAAUCCACUGAUUGGACAAAUAACAUGAAACAAUAUGUCUGUUGUGCUCAAAAUUUUUUUUUUUACCAAAA